AUGCAGGGCGUCAACAGAAAAGAGCUCCACACCCGGGCGGCCCCGCCCCCUGCUGCGGUGGGCAGGGCCUCGCCCCUCCCCCGCCCCGGGAGCCGCGCGGGAGCCCACCUCCUAGACCCCCCGCUGCGCCCCCCCCGGGCGGCUCGCCUCACCAGGCGCGCGGCCUCGGCCCACGUGCGCUCCUUCUUCUUCUUCUGUUUGUCCUUCAUCCUCCUCCGCGGCGGCGGUGGCGGCUCCACGCGGGUCCUUCGGGCGGGGCGGGCUGGGGCGGUGGCGGCGCGGGGCUGGGGUGGAGGCGGCAGCGACGGGGGGCGCGUGGCGGCGGCGCGUGCGAGGACUCGGGUGCGGCCGGAGAGGGCGGGCGCACCGGCACUGGCUGGCGCGAGACCCGGCGCGAGGGUGGCGCUGGGGGAGGGGCGGCGGCUCCACGCGCCCGCGCUGCGUCAGUCGCCCACGGUGGCAGCGGCAGCCCCGCGAUGGCUAAGGAAUGCGGCGGCUCCGCAUAACCACGGGGUCAGAGGUCACGGGUCCGGCCUCCGCUUUCCCGCGCUGCUGGGAAACGGAGAGCGGACUAGUGGCGGGCCGAGAUGGCGAAACGCAGCUUCCCUUUCGACGCUCGGAUGCGUGCGUGUCUGCCGUGGAAAAUGCACCUGCAGUUUACAGCAGAAUUGCCGCCAGGGCAGAAACAAUCACCUCUGAGAAGACAGUAAAGCUUCGUUGAGACAUUUUGAAUCGAUCCAUAUCUCCAACACAGCCACGCACUUGGAAGGAUUAAGGAGGGAAGACUGACUGUAAUAUGCAGGCUUUAUGUUUUGUUGUUGGGGCCCGGGCUCAGGUCUGCAUGCAUGGUGGAUGCUUUACCUCUGUUCCACCUGCCGAGCCCUGUCUGUGUUCUGAGACAGGUUCAUAAGUGUUGCAGCUUGGCUUGACUGGGCAGUCACUCUCCUCCAGUCUCCAGAAUAACUAAGAUUAAAAGCCUGUGUCACCAGA